AUGCAGACUCGUCCACCUCCUUUAAGACACGAGCCAACUCCAAAAUCAGCCUCCCCCUCUAUCGUUUCUCCCGAAUCAAUUGAACCUCAGCCUGAGCUCUUGAGUACACAUACAGAGCCCAUUGAAGGCGAUGAAGUUUUAUUAAAGACGACUGGAUCUGGUGCAGAAGACUCGAACAAAAUGAAAGACACGGCUGAAAGUCCAGAUGUGGCGUCCAAUAUAGAAGUAGAAAAGAUUGAGGCAGAUGAAAAGUUAACAGAAGGGUCGCUACGAUCUGAGGCAAAGAUAGAAUCACUAGAACCGGAAUUGUCUGAUCAACUUGCCGACGGAACAGUCUUCAUUCUACUAGAGGGAACCAGCGAAGAGUUUGCUUUUUUCUUCCCAAUCGAGCAGACAUUAGCGAUCGUGAAACCAGACGCCUACGCCAACAGAGAGGAAAUAAUCGAGAAGAUCAAAGCAGCUGGUUUCCACAUCGCUGUACGCCAAGAGACACACUUGACGCCGGAGAUGGCGCGUGAAAUAUUUUCAGAUAUGCUGAACAAGCCCUUCAUUAACGACUUAAUCGCGCACAUGUGCAGGUCAGAUAGACACAAAACUAUUUAA